AGGAAGUUUGUUUCGAUUUGGUUGUGGUAGAUUUUUCAAAAUUUCAGAAUGUUCCGGAUUAGCUGCUCCACUUUGGCCUGGACAAUGCGACCAAGCAAGUCCCUAUCCGCGAAUCCCUACUUUGUUUUCCUUGAUCACUUCCGGAUUAAUCUUCAAAAGCGGGACAUUUACCAACUGAAACCGAUUUCUUUGGCCCAAAUAGCCGGCAGAAAAUGGCGAGAAAUGACUGUCGCCCAGAAAUCUGUUUUUGUGCAGAUAGCCGAGAUAAAUCGAGCCAGAAUUAAGGGCCGUGGACGCCCCAGAGUUCCAGUUGGAGGAGUAAGGCGCUGUCGAAUUAAAAGAGUUCAUAGGGAUUGUUCGUUUUAGUGGCAUGUGGCAAGUUUUUAAAACAAAAAAUGACAAAGAAACAUUAGCAGCUGGUAAUUAAACGUUUACAACACUGGCAAUAAUUGUGGUGU